AGUUGCAAUAAAGACCACUGAAUGAGUUACACACUAUUGUCUCCUGUCCCAACUAUAUACUAGAACAUGGCGUCAGAAGUGGCUAGACCCAAAGUUUGAGGGUUGUGUGUUGUCGUGCUGCACUGACGGCACACACGAAAAAAAAAAAGAAAAAAGAAAAGAAGGAGCAGUGGAGGCGAAGACGGGAGAUUUAGCCGUUAGCAACAAGCUAGGCUAACAGCGAUAGCUUCACCAUGGCUUCCAGCAUACCACCACCGGAGGAAAUGAAGCUGAGUGGCGAUAUCACAAGUAAUUGGGACAAUUUUAGAGCCGAAUUUGAGGAUUAUAUUCUGGCAUCAGGACUAAAAGAAAAAUCAAAGGAAGUGCAGGCAGCAACCCUGCGACGAGUGAUGGGCGCUGAAUGCCGCCACAUAUACAAGCAUAACCUGGGACUCACGGCGGACCAGCAGAAGGACGUGGACGUCAUCCUCGAGAGUCUCGGUGCGUAUUUCAAGCCAGCCAGAAAUGUAAUAUUCGAGAGAUACGUUUUCGGCAACUGCAAGCAAGAUGAAGGGGAGCCCAUUGAUGCGUUUGUAACGAGGCUGAGGGAAAAAGCUGCUUCCUGUGAGUAUGGCCAACUCGGAGAGGAACUUAUAAGAGACAGAGUGGUGUUGGGUGUCAGUGAUGAGGGUGUGCGGCGUCGCAUGCUCAGAGAGAAGGAUCUCACGCUGACAUCAGCCAUCGAAAUAUGCAGAGCUGCUGAAAUGACGGAUAUCAGGUUGAAGACGAUGGCACAGGACAGGCCGCUGGAGGCAGUGCAUGCGACAGAUGGCCGGCGGCCGCGACCAACAUCUAAGCAGGAACACUUUAGCAAGUUUCAGAAUCAGGCACAGAGUGAGGGUGCUGCAUGUAGAUAUUGUGGCAACAUGCACAAGCGCGGACGUGAACUUUGCCCAGCAUAUGGGAAGAACUGCCGCAAUUGCGGAACAGCAAAUCAUUUCGCUAAGGUGUGCCUGAAGGGGAGACAAGCCCGACAAUUGAACAUAGCAGAGGCUGAGGUCCAGGAGGAUAUGGUCAGGGACAGCACAGAGGCCCACAUCUACACAACAGAGAGCAUAGGUGCAGUCCAGGGCGGUGGGAGGAAAUGGUUUGCUAACAUAAGAGUGAAUGGUGGGUCUCAGAGGUGCCAGCUAGAUUCAGGGGCGACCUGUAAUGUGAUGAGUAUACAAGACAAGAGAAGACUGGCGCCUGGUGUGGAGUUAGGGCCGAGCCAGACCAGAUUGGUACUGUAUUCAGGCGAAACGAUGCAAUCCAUAGGGAUAUUCAGGACAGAGUGUGUAGUGAGGGGCAAAACACACAAGCUUGAGUUCGAGAUAGUGAGAAGCAAGCAGAGACCCGCUGUACUGGCCGAACAUGCAAGGUGAAGUCAAGGACUAUGUGAGUCAGUGUUCAGCAUGUAACGAAUAUUCACAUGACCAACAGCGAGAAACAAUGAUGUCACAUGCACUCCCGACGCGGCCAUGGCAGAUUCUCAGCAUGGAUCUAUUCAGGCAAGCAGGCAAGGAUUUUCUGAUCAUCGUUGACCAUUACUCAGACUUCUGGGAGAUAGAGCUGCUCCCAGACUUGUCAGCAGAGACCACAGUCCUGAGGUGCAAGGCCCAAUUCGCACGACACGGACAGCCUGACCGGGUCAUUACAGACUGUGGUUCUCAGUUUGACUGCGGGACAUUCAGGAGGUUUGCAAAAGAAUGGGACUUUAGCCAUGUAAUGUCUUCACCCAGGCACCCAAAGUCUAAUGGAAAGGCUGAGUCGGCAGUAAAGAUAGUGAAGAAUCUGUGCAAGAAAGCAGCCAGCGCAGGCAAUGACCCAUGGAUAGCCAUCUUACAGUGGAGAAACACGCCCACGGAGGGCAUGCUCAGCAGCCCAGCACAAAGACUGAUGUCUCGGAGGCUGAAAACUCCGCUCCCGGUCGCCGACACGCUCUUGGAGCCGAGCGUAGUCACUGGGGUCCCGGAGAAGCUGCGGGCGAAACACCAGACAGCCAAGUUCUGGUAUGACAGGUCGGCCAGAGACUUGCCCGAGCUGUGUAUCGGCCAAGACAUCAGGAUGAAGCCACUACCUGGCGACAGGACGGGCAGGUGGAGGAGGGGCGUGUGCCUGCAACAGGCGGGCCCCAGAUCAUACCUGGUGGAUGUCGAGGGGACGUUCUAUCGACGGAAUCGGGUGGAUCUGCGGCCAGCUGAGGGGGAGGCGAUCGGACGCCACCCUGAGCAACAAAGCAUGCAGCGCAGCGGCCCGCCUGAGGAGCAACACAGCGAUCCGUCUGACAGCACGACGGGCAAUAUGGAGGACAGUGACACAAACGGGCAGGGGGCCAGGCCGCUCAGGCGGAGUGGUGUGCACCAGCCCGCGGGCAACGCCACGCCCGUGACGGAGCAGAGGACGGCCAGUGGCAGGCUGGUGAGAGUGCCGGUCAGGUUGGACUUAUAGAUAUUAUGGACUGGGGUUUGGGCCUGAGGCUGGACUAUUGUUGUGUUGACACACGUUU